AUGUUGGGCCCAUUGAAUGUCAACUUGGCGCAAUUUGGUGUCUCAGAGAGAAAUGGAUUCUUACCCGACCAAGCACCCCUCAAGCGAUUGAGCAGCCCAUACUAUGAGAGCUGGGAAACACUACUGUCACAACUCCCAGAGCUCAUCAAGACAGGCUCUACAAGAAGCGAAGUGGACCAGUUAGCAGUACUCGCAACAUCACAUCUCGUCUCAGAAAGCGAAUGGCAAAGAGCAUACCUGAUCUUGUCCUUUUUCACACACUCAUACAUCUGGGAAGCCGGCGGGCCAUCACAGCGUCUCCCUGCCUCCAUUGCAGUACCAUUUCUCGACGUGGCAUCGCAUCUCGGCCUCCCACCGACUGCAACCUAUGCCGCCCUCAACCUCUGGAACUUCGAGUCGAUAUCCGGCGAGAAUGACUUCACCAACCUCGACGAUCUCCGCUCGCUCCACACCUUCACCGGGACGAGAGACGAAGAAUGGUUCUACCUCAUCUCUGUUGCCAUCGAAGCGUACGGCGCAAAGAUCAUCCCCGCCGUCAUGAAGGCCAUGGACGCCGUUCGCGCCAACGAAUCUGGCGUUGUUGCGGCAGCACUCGUCAACUUUUCACGUAACAUCCGCGAGAUUGGAAUCAUUCUGCAGCGGAUGGACGAGCACUGUUCACCGAAGGUCUUUUAUGAUGACAUCCGCCCGUUCUUGGCGGGGAGCAAGAACAUGGCCCUGGCCGGUCUCCCGAACGGAGUCUUCUAUGAAGAGGGCGCGGGGAAGGGAGAGUGGAGGCAGUACAGCGGUGGGAGCAAUGCGCAGAGUUCCCUGAUCCAGUUCUUCGACAUUGUGCUUGGUGUUGAGCACGUGUCCACGAAGGGUUCGAAAGCGAGGAACAGCUUCCUGCAGGAAAUGAGACAGUAUAUGCCAGGCACGCACCGCAGCUUCCUCCAGAAGAUGGAGGAGAUAGUCAAUAUCCGCGAGUACGCCGAAAGCACUUCGAUUUCUGAAGUGACGGAGGCGUACAAUCUCGCAGUCAAGGAACUUGAGCUGUUCCGAGGCGUGCAUAUCCAGGUUGUCUCGCGCUUCAUCAUUAUCCCAUCGAGACAGGAGAGUCCCAACACGCAUCCAGGAUUGAACCUUGCGGUUGCUUCGUCGAACACCGUGGACAAGGAAUUGCACGGCACUGGCGGAACCCAACUUCUGCCGUUCUUGAAGCAGAGCCGCGAUGAGACGAAGGAGGCGGCUUUGCCAUUGCUAUGA